AUGGCGUAUAUCAAUGAAAACUUUCACUGUAUAUCUCCGCACCAUCCCAAGGUCGACACAUUUCCCCACUACCCCAAGGUCGACACAUUUCCGCACCAUCCCAACGUCGACACAUUUCCGCACCAUCCCAACGUCGACACAUUUCCGCACUAUCCCAAGGUCGACACAUUUCCGCACUACCCCAAGGUCGACACAUUUCCCCACUACCCCAAGGUCGACACAUUUCCACACCAUCCCAACGUCGACACAUUUCCCCACUACCCCAAGGUCGACACAUUUCCGCACCAUCCCAACGUCGACACAUUUCCGCACCAUCCCAACGUCGACACAUUUCCGCACUAUCCCAAGGUCGACACAUUUCCCCACUACCUCAAGGUCGACACAUUUCCGCACUAUCCCAAGGUCGACACAUUUCCGCACUACCCCAAGGUCGACACAUUUCCCCACUACCCCAAGGUCGACACAUUUCCGCACUAUCCCAACGUCGACACAUUUCCCAACUACCUCAAGGUCGACACAUUUCCGCACUAUCCCAAGGUCGACACAUUUCCCCACUACCCCAAGGUCGACACAUUUCCGCACUACCCCAAGGUCGACACAUUUCCCCACUACCUCAAGGUCGACACAUUUCCCCACUACCCCAAGGUCGACACAUUUCCGCACUAUCCCAAGGUCGACACAUUUCCGCACUAUCCCAAGGUCGACACAUUUCCGCACUACCCCAAGGUCGACACAUUUCCCCACUACCCCAAGGUCGACACAUUUCCCCACUACCCCAAGGUCGACACAUUUCCCCACUACCCCAAGGUCGACACAUUUCCCCACUACCCCAAGGUCGACACAUUUCCCCACUACCCCAAGGUCGACACAUUUCCCCACUACCCCAAGGUCGACACAUUUCCCCACUACCUCAAGGUCGACACAUUUCCCCACUACCCCAAGGUCGACACAUUUCCCCACUACCUCAAGGUCGACACUGUUCCCCACUACCCCAAGGUCGACACAUUUCCCCACUACCUCAAGGUCGACACUGUUCCCCACUACCCCAAGGUCGACACAUUUCCCCACUACCUCAAGGUCGACACUGUUCCCCACUACCCCAAGGUCGACACAUUUCCCCACUACCCCAAGGUCGACACAUUUCCCCACUACCCCAAGGUCGACACUGUUCCCGUAUCUCCCACCACAGGCGCCGCCUUCGACGCCGAUCUAACAUCGACGUUGAGGGAGCCGACGAUGAUGUUUCUGUGGCUGGAGUGA